AUGGAUUGGAAAAACACCACAAUUCCCUUUGACCCGCUCACGGCUAUUGCAUGCAUAGUCGUUGACGAUGUGAUAAAAGACGCAGUAGAGGUUGUGACCGAAGAACGACUGAAAGAGGCAGUGAAAAACAUCAAGUGGAUGAUGUGCAAGGAUUUCACGACGGCAAGAGGGCUUUUGAAGAUUGAGGAAUACAUGAAAACAUGGGAGCUUCAUAAGAGCUGGCUGCACUAUACAAACUAUACAGAAGAUGAAGAACUGCAGUAUAGUACUAGGUAUCAUUACCGGGUACGCUGGAGCAUCCCAACCUGCAGGAAGCCUAUCCCCCGAGCAACAGCAAAUGUCUAUUUCGUCAUAGAGAUUUCCAAAAUCAAGCCGAAUACAUUACCUGUUGAAGUAUUCUUUGUAAUAGAGACAAACAGGUUCAUACACAGGCCAGGAGAGUGCAGAUUUAAAGAAAAGUGGCUCAAAGACAUAAUUGAAAGCAAAGUCACCCUGAUGGAGGUGGUCAACUUUUAG